AGCCCACGGCCCAACUAAGUCCUAACCACCUACGGAGUAAUUAGCCACGAAAUUCUCAUUCUCCACGCCGCCAGAGGCUCUCCUAGUCUCCAUGCCGUCCAAGCUCGUGCAGAUCGCCCAUGCCGCCCGCGCCUCCAUGCUCCUGCGGAUCGCUCAUGCCGCCCGCACAGCUGCGGCGGCCACAUCUCGCUUCGCCGAACGGGCGGCCCUCUCUCCGGAGGCGCUGGCGGUACCUUCCCCCGCCGCCGCCAUGGACGACGCAUCCGUUGCCUCCCCCACGCAUUACUUGAAAGAGUUAUGCGGCCGCAAGAACACGGUGGAGUUCGUGGUACAGGAAGAGGGCCUUAAAUCAGACGAAGCCCUACGAGCCCUAUACGAGCGCUGGCGCAAAGCUUUCAACCAGAAGCGCGACCACGACGAGAUGGCUAGCCGGUUCAGCGAGUUCAAGGAUCUUCAGACGAAGCCCUCUGAUCUGCCCUUCAAACUGAGCAGAUACGCCGACGGGAAUUAGCUGAUGAAGAUGCGCGCCAACCGGGACGGGUACGAAGCCGUGCUCGCGAAGAAGGCCGGCAACUCAUCGGUUCUUUGGAGACUUGACGGCAGUUUCCUCCGGCAAGUCUUCGCUGAAUUCAGAGUGGUUGAUGGGAAUUAAGCUGUUUGUGUUCACUCCCGCGGGUGAGAAAGUGGAACUCAACACCAAGUAUGAAGUCGUUGCUGACAAAUUGUUUGCUGAUCUGCCUGAGGAGAACGAGCUUGUGAUAUACCAAAUGACGAGUUCAUGCUUCGCCGUUAUUGUAUGAAUAUGCACUAGUUGUGCUUUUGCAAGGCAUGCAUAUGUGUGUAAUAAAUUGUACUACCUGGUUCUGUGUAAGUCAUUGCAUAUGCAAACCAUGCUUCUGUAAGACA